AUGAAGAUUAGGUUCUGUAGCGGCUUCACGAAACCUGGGUUUUUGCUAGUUCAUUUUGAGCCACCAUCGGUUUUCUCCGUUGGAUCUCGUUCACUCGCCGAUUCCACUUACGGAAACUUGUGCAACCACAAGAAGAGACCUGGAAUUGGUCUAACUGUCCAAUGCGCUAUUGCAAAUCGGAGAUUCUCUUCACGUCCCGUGGAUUCGCCGAGAAGGGAAAGGUCUCGUUCUUCUUCGGGACGGGAUAAGGAUAAGGAUAAGGGGAGAGAAUCUCAGUCUCUGUAUAGUCGUCCGAGUCUGUUAGAGAUGAACAAGGAAAAAGCUGCUAAUCGUGCUAGGGUUUACGAGUUUCUGCGUGGGAUUGGGAUUGUUCCUGAUGAGCUUGAUGGCCUUGAGCUCCCUGUAACAGCUGAUGUGAUGAAAGAGCGUGUAGACUUUCUCCACAAAAUCGGACUCACCAUUGAAGAUAUCAACAAUUACCCUCUUGUUCUUGGUUGUAGCGUGAAGAAGAACAUGGUCCCGGUUCUAGAUUACCUCGGGAAGCUAGGCGUGAGGAAGUCGACAUUCACUGAGUUUCUUAGAAGAUACCCGCAGGUUCUUCACGCGAGUGUUGUUAUAGACCUUGCUCCGGUGGUGAAGUAUCUCCAAGGACUUGAUAUCAAACCGAGCGAUGUACCUCGUGUGCUUGAAAGGUAUCCAGAGGUUUUAGGGUUUAAGCUUGAAGGGACUAUGAGCACAUCAGUGGCUUAUAUGGUUGGUAUAGGUGUAGCUAGGAGGGAGAUUGGUGGUAUUUUGACUCGGUACCCGGAGAUUUUGGGGAUGCGAGUUGCUCGGAUAAUCAAGCCUUUUGUUGAGUAUCUCGAAGGUCUUGGUAUUCCAAAACUGGCUGUAGCUAGGUUGAUUGAGAAGCGGCCUCACAUUCUCGGGUUCGAAUUGGAUGAAACGGCGAAACGAAACGUUCAAACUCUGAAAGAUAUCAAUGUCAGAGAAACAGCUCUUCCUUCUAUCAUUGCACAGUAUCCUGAUAUCGUAGGAAUCGACCUUGAACCUAAGCUCGAGACGCAAAGGAAGCUGCUUUGUUCAGCUAUUGAUCUGAAUCCAGAGGAUCUCGGGCCUAUGAUCGAGAGAAUGCCUCAGUUCGUUAGCCUCAACGAGCCACCGAUGUUGAAGCACAUUGCUUUCCUUAAAGAGUGCGGAUUUUCGAUUGAGGAGACGAGGGAAAUGGUUAUUGGAUGUCCUCAGGUUCUUGCUUUGAACCUUGGGAUAAUGAAACUCAGCUUUGAGUACUUCCAAAAGGAAAUGAGAAGACCUCUUCAAGAUCUUGUGGAUUUCCCUGCGUUCUUUACCUAUGGGCUUGAGUCUACGGUAAGGCCGAGGCACAAGAAGGUAUUAAGGAAGGGAAUCAAGUGUUCGUUGGCUUGGAUGCUUAACUGUUCUGAUGAGAAGUUCGAACAGAGAAUGAGUUACGACACAAUAGACAUCGAGGAGGUUGAAUCUGAUCCAUCUAUCUUUGACAUGAGUACAUUGAUGCAACCUGAAAGAGAGGAAUCUGAUGAUUCUGAGUACGAGGAAGAAGAAGAUGAUGAAGACGAGGAGUUUGCGUAA